CACCAGCCCAGGCACAGAGUGAUACGAUGUGAGCAUUGGAUGGCAUUGGAGUAACCCCGUGUGUAUUGUGUGUAUUGAAAAUCGUAACCUAAAAAUUGUUCGAAGAAUUGCUUUUGAUUAGCCCUCGGUAGUUUCCAAGAAUUUUUGUUACAUUUCAUUUUGUAUAUUGAGAACUGAUUCAUCGUAAAUAAAAAUGGUUAAGCUAACGAAACUGAAGAGAAUGGAGAAAGCGAAAGUUAAACUAAAACAAAAAAAAUUGAUGAAAGCGCAGAAUGUGACCAAUGUUUCUUUCAAAGCUAAGAAAAUUGUUUUACCUGGCCAGUUAAAAUCGCCAUCAGAACAAGAAAUCCACACAAGAAAGAAGCUUAAUGUUCAGGAACUUCUGUCUCAUCUGCGACAUUAUAAUGUGUCUAUGCGCAGUGAGGGUUUGUCAGGUUUUCAAGAAUUGUUAGCAAUGUAUGAAGAAGAUGUUAUAAAAUUACAUCUUCCUAAAGUAAUUGAUGGUGUAGCAAGCUUGGUGCUUGAUAUUGAAAGAGGUGUUCGGAAAUCUGCUGUCAAAAUGAUUGAAACAUUAUUAGCUAAAGUUUCAACAGAACAAAUAGCACCACAUUUUGAUGUUUUACGGACAUAUAUGUCAUGUGCAAUGACUCACAUUAAUGCAUCUAUUCGAGAAGAUUCUCUUUUGCUUAUGGAUUGUCUUCUUAACAAGUGCCCUGUUUUAAUGGUUAAGAAUGCAAAUGACAUUUUACCAAAUUUCCUCAAUAUGAUUUCCAACUUGAAGAAUAGUUCUGAUCAUGGAAGAACUCUUUCCCUUCAUUUGAAUAACAAGUUAAUAAGUGUCAAGUGGAGAAUGAGUGUAUUUGCGAGGUUAACAAAGUACUUUGCUGCUAUUGUUGCUGUAAAGAAACAUGGUUUUGUAGAUGGUGUUCAAAUGAAUGUAGAUGAAGUGUCAGGAAUUGAUACAAAAUCUGUAAAUUGGAGUGAAGAAUCCCCAUUGUAUGUUGGUGAUUUCAUUUCAUUAAAAAGGGAGAUUUGUAAUUUACCCCGAGUGUUUUCAAAGACCACAGUAGUCACAGAAGUUAGUGGUGCUAGUACUGCAAAUCAGGAAAGAACACUGAAAGAGCAUAUAAUGAGCCUAAUGCCAGUGUUAUUUGAAUCAUGGAUUGAAGUUGCUCCACAACGUGAUUCCGCUGAAGUUGGUUGCCUUCCUGAAGAAGCAGCAAUUAUGUUACAAUAUGUUGUUAACACCCUUCUGCAUGUUUGGGAGUCGAUACAAAAUUGGGAGCAAGAAAGUAAUAUUGACAAUUUGACUCCAUGGUUUAUUAAAUUUUACCGAAAGACAAUUUACAAAGCAUUCUUACCUGGUUUUCCUUUUACCUUGCAAGAAAACAUUUUCAAACCUAAAAUUGUGUCGAAUGAAAGUAGAAAAGUCCUCAAAGAAGAGCAGUCUUUAUUGCAAAAUACUUCCUCAGUUCAUCCGAAGUGUAUUCAUCAGAAUUUGUCUCUUUGUCACCUUCUUGUUAGUAUUGAUGAUGGAAAAGAUCAGACCGUUGUCAAACCUGUGCUUUCAUAUUUGCAGUCUUGCAUUAUGGAAUGGGAAGAUAUGACAUUUUUUCCUGGUUUGGAGCAAGUGCUGAGAACAUUGAUAAUAAAUGAGAAAACAUCAUGGCCAAAGAAGGAGGUUCUCCAAGCAGUAGUUAUGAAGUGCCAGGAUCGAUCAGCCCCAAGGAAUCUUUAUGAAAAUUUGUUUUCUUUGCUAUGUGAUUAUGUUCUUCAACCAAGAUAUCAUAAAGAACUUGGAUGCAAAGAGUUUGUGAAGUGGUUUUCAGAAUUACCAUAUCAAUUUUUUCAAGCAGAAGUGAACUUGAAAACUGUUAAAGCCUUAUCUUCACUAGCAUGUCAGAAUCAUGAAGUAUUCAUGAAUAGUUUAAAGAAGCGAGCCAAGGCUAUUGUUAAUUCUCUAUGUGAAAUUCCUGUGGUGGGGAAUUCCAUUCCAUUUGAAGGACAAAAACUGAUUCUUAACACAUUGUUUCAUGUGGCUGAUUCAGACACUUUCAAUGGAUUGUUGAAAAGAAUUGGUGAUUUACAGGACUACCAAGAGUUAGCAUCUUAUGUAAAAGACAUGAAAGCAUUAUACGAAUUUGUAAAUUUGUAGAAUUCGAGGAGCAAAUUUAUUGAAUGUUGUUACAUGUUUAAUAUUUUAAACCAAACAAAGUUUCUUAACUGAAUUUGCAAUAAAUUGAAAUAUACAUGUAUUUAUUUGGUUAUAAUUACUGGUUUUUCAAGUACCCUUGUUAUACCUUCCGUAGAAAUUAAUCGAUGGAUUGCGAUUAUUUUGGGCUAUAACUUAACCCAAUUCGAAAGGUGUGCAAAUUUCACCAGCCGGAACUGAAGCUUAAAUGCCACAUUCUCGAAGAAGUCGAUAGUAGACAUCAUUUAUAAGUAUCGACUUUGUAAACAAACAUGGCCGUUGUGCGCUGAUCUGCCAGUCGAAUUCAUGGAGUUCGUUGGUUCACCGUAGAUGGCAGCUUAAACUUUUGCUUUAGAACCAAACGUCGAAGGUGAAGAACCUCUGCCAUUUUGCAAUGAGGUGUAAUAUUUAAAUGUGUUGAAAGUGGUCCGCAUGCACUUCAUUCACAUGUGAACGUACUUGACAAGAUAACCUCGAAAUAAAUGAUAGGACUUGCACCCAACUAGAGGCUGAGUAUGUCUUGAGAAUGGGACAAGCCGGGAGUGCGCUGGGACAUAAUAGUGAGUGAAUUUCUUCAUAUAUAUUUUUAAAUGUUGAUUUAUGGUUUUAUCAUCGUACAAAACUGAAGUUGAGGGGUAGAACUGAGAUUUGUCUUCCCUCACAGACAAUGAGUUUGGUCUGGGAUAAAGAAUGUUUUAUGACAGUUUUAAGAAAUGUUAUUUACCUCAAAAAACUUAAGGCAUAGCAAAGGAAGUAAUAUUUUCUGUCAAAUGAUGCUGUAGAGCAAAAGAACUUAAUUCAUGAAAUGGUGAAAAGGUAAAAGUCAAUUUUUUAAGAUAUUUGAAAUGUUUGAAAAGAAACUGCUUUCGAUUGAGGGAGGUCACUGACAGAGUUGAAUAAGGUAGUAAUUGAUUGGCAUAUGUGUCUUUGUUAAUGUAUCUUGCCUGGUUUAUAAAUAAAAUGUUCAGAUUUUUCUUAACACUUUAUUUAGGAGUACUAGAUAUAAAGAAUAAUGUUAGUAAAUUCUUUUGAAAUCAAUUCAUUUAUUAUUUUCAAACUCAUUGUUCUUGUGAGGUGUUAUUACCAGUGUUUUCAUCAUGUGUAGUCACAUCAGGUAUUUCUUUUAUAAUCUGUUAUUUCUUGAGAAUAAAAUCGAUGAAGAAGCAUUAAUUACA